GCGCCCCCUCGCCACACGUGGCGCAGGUGGUCUUGGAUGCAGAUGGAGGCACUGAAACGGAUCUUCACCCACUGCUGCGCAAAGAGGCUCAACCGAACAUGCUUCAGGAGGAUGCCGUUGGAGACCUGACGCAGCAGCAGCCAAGAUCAGGUUUCAACAGCUCGUCCGGUCUGUGGAAGGAGAUCCGCAAAAGAGCAAAGGUCACGGCAGUCGAGCCAUUCUCUGCAGAUGCGCCUCCCACUGUGGUUUACACAGGACAAACGGCCUCCGCUGCGGCCACGAUCCUCAUCAGCACGACCACCUGCUUUUCUGCAAUUGCAUGGGCAGUGCAGUCCAAGAUGAAGUUUGUCAAGGAGGCAACUUGGCAGACACUUGGUCCUGCCAUGGCCAUGUUCUGUGCGCUUCAGCUCUUCUAUAUUCUUCGAGAGGUGACCAACUUGAUGGUCGCCGAUAAUGUGGCGACGGAGGAAGUCUCAUUGAAGGGAUUGCGGCCGGAAGAUGCACCGGCUGUGGCCGCAAGUGGAGCCGGCUCAGUGGGGGUGUCAUUUGCACGCUUUGUCCUUGCCUAUGCUGCGCUGCAGUCCAUCUUUGUCAUGAGCAGGCAGCGGAAGCUGGCGAUGGAGAUUGCUGCCAGCUUUGGGUCGCAGCUCGUUGGCCUCCUUGCGGCAGAUGCAUUUGCAACAUGGCAGGAGACUCCGUACUGGAACACCGCUGGCAUGAGCUUCGCAUUCGUUCUCUUGUCUGCGGUUGUGCUGGCCCUUGUGCUAGUGCCGGCAUCCAUGUUGCGGGUCAAGGUGAUCACUGCUGACGAGCAGAAGGCCGAAUGCCAGAAAAGCGACGAGCUGAUCGCUUGCUUUGGAAUUUCGCUGUGCUUUGUGCAGUUCUGGCGCUUUCUGCUAGCUGGGCGGCUACCCCAUUACCUGGGAGUUCAACGCAGCAGCUAUAACAGAUCAGAGACACUUUUCUUGUUCCUUGUGUGGGUUAAACUCUUUGUCCUGGCGCUCGCGUUGGACAAGUUGAUCGCCCGGUUCCAGGGGCCUUUGCCUGAAGGAGCUGGAAGAUUCUACAGCUGCUUCCACAAGUGCAUGCAAGCUGCGUCUGUUGUUCCACUUGCUGUGGCCAUGACUUCUGCCUGGUGUUGUUUCUACUGGGCCAAGUGGGCCACCUAUUCCAUCCUGGUCACUGAAGCGGUCGUCGCGGCAGGAUACUUCUUGAAAGCGGAAAUGUACACAGCGAUCAUGUUCUCCCUCCUCUGCUUUGCAGCUACAUACGCCGGCAUGCAUGUGACUGAGAAUGCCGUCAUGUCACGCUAG